AUGGCCCCCAAUCUCUUCCUCUGUCUGCGAAAGGCUUUCUGCCCGAUCUACUGGUUCCAACGCGGGGAACGCAUCCAAGGAUCCAUCCACAAAGAAGAACAUUGGGAAUCUCCUGUCCCAGGCAUCUACAAGUACAUUCCGGCCCGCGGAUGGCACCUGAUCUACAGGGAUGGCAACGAGUACGAGGAGAAAGUUCCCGUUCCCCUGGUUUAUUGUCGCAUCCUACACCGCCACAUAUUCGAACAUGAAAUGGAAGAACGAUGUUCCUGGCACUCGGUGACCGUGCAUGAAGGGGCCGAAUCUGAAAAGUUUCUCUUUUUCCUUCUCGAUGACGGCUGUACCUGGGUAGCAGGAUGGGACUCCAAGGGCAAGUUCAUCCCCGGGCCGUAUCAAAAAUGGUAUCUGGAUGCGGAAACGAACACCAUGCGUCGUACCUUGUUUCCUGAUAGUGCCAACGUCUCUCGCUGCAGCAUUCUUGCAACCAAGCUGAAUUAG